AUGGCCCCCGCCCGAUCAAUCGCUCUCGUGGCCUCGGCCGCCAUUCCGGCUGCAAUGGCUGCCACCAGCGGCUCGUUGACCGCUCUCGCCAUGAAUGUCGCCGGCCUCCCCGCAAUCCUGCAGGGCAAUGAUGUGCCCGGCGACAAGACGACAAACACGGCCUCCAUUGGCACCAAGUUUUCCGAGUUGGGCUACGACAUCAUCCACGUCCAGGAAGACUUCAACUACCACGCAACUCUGUACGAGUACGACACCCACCCCUACCGGACCGCAACCAGCGGCGGUGUUCCCUUCGGCUCCGGCUUGAACACCCUGUCCAACUUCGACUGGAUAGAUUUCGAACGCAUCAAGUGGGCUACAUGCUCCAGUGCCUCUGGCGCCGAUUGCCUGACUCCCAAGGGCUUCACCUUCAUGCGCGCCAAGGUCGAUGAAGGUGUUUGGAUUGACGUCUACAACUUGCACACGGAUGCUGGCAUCGAAGACGACGACGAAGCCGCCCGCACGGCCAACGUCAAGCAAGUCGCCGACCACAUCGACGCCUACUCUGCCGGCAACGCCGUCCUCGUCUUCGGCGACACCAACUCGCGCUACACGCGCGUGGCCGACAACAUCGCCCUCUUCACCACCCAAAACGGCCUCACCGACGCCUGGGUCGAGCUCGAGCACGCGGGCACCCCGCCCUCGGAAGAACUCCUCUGCGCCAACCCCUCGACCACGGACGCCUGCGAGACGGUCGACAAGCUCUUCUACCGCGGCUCGCGCCUCCUCUCCCUCUCCGCCACCGACUUCUCCUACGCCUCCCCCGACUUCCUCCAAGCCAACGGCUCCAUCCUCUCCGACCACAACCCCAUCCUCGUCUCCCUCGACUGGUCCGUCGCCGACGCCUCGCUCCGCCAGUCGGGCUACUGGGGCGGGCCCCACGGCACGUGGUUCAACGACGCCGCCACCGGCGGCGCCCUGCCCGCCGCGCCUCCCCCCGCCGGCGCCACCCUCACCCUCGCCGGCGCCAACCGCCUCGACAGCAUCGCCCUCAACCUCACCGACGGCACCGCCCUCGCCCACGGCGGCGCCGGCGGCACCCCGCAGUCGCUGGUGCUGGAGAGCGGUGAGAGCGUCAACGGCCUGAAGCUGUGCCAGGAUAAGUAUGAGAACCAUACGCGCAUCUUUUACGCGCAGGCGAGCACGACGAGUGGGAGGACGGUCGCGGCCGGCACGGAGACGAGCGAUUGCGUCACGUAUGAGGCGCCGAGCGGGUUUGGGUUGGUUGGGUUUGCGGGCCGGGCCGGGGAUGAGGUGGAUCAGUUGGCGGCGGUUUGGGGGAAGCUUUGA